AUGGUUGGGGGCUUUGGAUCGAAGACCGUGCUCAUGGAUUGGAGUCUUGUCAAGACGAACACAAAGUCUCAGCGACAAUGUGGUGUGAGGGCUGACCACGACCAUAUCUGUUGUAUCAAGUCCAAUAGCCACAAGAUGGUAGUAGUGACGGAGUUCGUUCGCCACAUUGCCCAGCAGACCCGCGACAUGAUCGAGAAGGAAACAAGACAAGGCAAGAGCCGACUAGGUCAUAGUUUUGAUGUGUCCCUAAUUGACCAUUUAAUAGUUGAUAAGCCCGCUUUUCAAGUCCAGGAAGCAAUGCCUGCCCGUGCUCAGUCAAUACCACGUCAAACUCACGGCUUAAAUUCACAAGAUUUUGCGCACAAUGACUCGACGGUGUCCAUUUUCGAUAUUACCCUGUCUCUCGCAGAUUUCUCUGUCAAGAAGAAUAAUAAUCCACUUCCAUGCCACAUAAUGCCUUUGAGCAAAAAUCACGGGCCGUUCUUUGGUAGGAAAGCUAUCCUUGAGGCUUUGGACAAGGCCCUUGCACCCACUUCGUAUCUUGUGGGCGAGAACCCAGAUGUUGACCUCAGCAACUUGAAGACUGUUGUGAUUUGUGGACCAGGGGGAAUCGGCAAGACACAGUUGGCUUCUCAAUUUGCUCACCGACACACAAAAUAUUUUGACGCGAUCUUUUGGGUGCAUGCCGACGAAUCGUCCAAAAUUGCGCAUGACUUCACCCAAAUAGCCUUCAGCCUGGGCUUAGUGGCUGAUGAAAAUAGUAUGGAAGCUAGGGAUCAAGUUCUAACACGAGAACUCGUUCUCGGAUCACCUGCUUCAGUGCUUAUAACAAGUCGUGAUCCAAUUUUCAAAACCCAUACAUAUGCCGGGGAGGGCCUACAGUCAGACAUUACGCUGCCCUCGUCCGACGAAGACGAGGCAAUGGAGUACCUCUUGAAGCUGACACAUCGCGAAAAGGAACUCAAGAGCACGAGUCCGGAAAGGCUACUCUUGAACUCAGGGAGAAACCGCUCGAACUAUAAUCAUACCACCGCAACAGUUUGGGCACUCCAGGAUUUGGAAGAAAAAGAAGGCUACCCAAGAGACGAGAUGGAGUACCAAGACGCCAGAACCGAGCUCCUAACAUCUUCGCUCAUCACCAGAGACAGAAAUGAGAAGAAGAUCUUCAUGCAUAGACUUAUUCAAGACGCAGCUCGGGCUUCUGUAACGGACGAGCAGUUAAACCGGGCGUUUGGCUUUACGCUAUGCCAGCUAUCGGCUGCAUGGCCCUACUAGGAUUUUGGCUUCGGCAAUAAGCAGUCGAGAUGGGCGCUGUGCAAUGAACUCCAUCGUCACGUUCAGAGAAUG